AUGAGCGAAAUUAAAAAUGAACCAAUGUCUAACUCAGACUCUGUUGCGUCAAGUAACAGUGCAAAAAUGAGACGGAAAAAAACCAACAGAGCAUGUAAUCAUUGUCACAAGGCUCACAUGACCUGUGACACCAAUAGACCUUGUCAACGUUGUUUACAGAGAGGUUUGGAAAGCAGCUGUCAGGAUGCACCUAGAAAACGAAAGAAAUAUUUAGCUGAUGUGCCACCAAACGUAUUAAGUCGACAUGAUGGAUUAUCGCAAUCACCGCCUUAUGAAAUGGGUAAAAAUGACACGAUUAAUUAUCAAAGUGGUCCGUUUCAAGAGAGACCUCCUCUGUCUGAGUUUAAUCCACCUAUGCCUACGGCCAACACAGACAAUGAUAUAAAUCAAGACUUUGGGGCAUUUGGAGUGUAUCCUAAUAGUCAUUUGUUUCCAUCUAAUACAAAUCAAACAAAUCAAGACGCAGGUGCUGAUAUGUCUCAUUCUCAAGGUCAACUGAAACCACCUAUAAAUCAGCAUAUGCAUCAACAGGGGUUACCACUGUACAAUAAACCGAGACGAACAAAUUUCCUAUCGUCGGCAGCGGAUUUAGAAUAUUCGACACUUUCCAGCAUUCUUCAGGACAAUUUCGUUCAUGUCAAUAAUAAUACCUCAGCAGAAGGUACCCCAAAUUCACUUAAUUUGUCGCCAUCAGUACUUCCCAACAAUGCACCAAACACGAACAUUACUGAUUCGAGGAAUACAACAUCUUCUAAUAGCUUGAAUAACUAUGGCCAACAGAACAAACCUAUGAAUUACACCUCCGGAUCAUCUCAUGCAUCUUCUCCUAACGAUUCUAUUUUUAAUAGCAAACAAAUGUCAUCAAUAAAUGGCAUCAAUAAAAAUAAAUAUUACUAUUCAUCGAAGUAUCCCAAGUGUGAUGAAAGUAUUAAUCAAUAUUUCUUGGGCCCAACUGGCUCUGAUCAUGAAUUGAUUUACCCAGAUGUUAUAACUGCUAUUGAAGAGAUGAAGGCACUCGAUCCUGCUGUUUACCACGAAAGAAAUUCCAAGCUGCUGUUGUCAUUUACUAUAGGAAUAAUUCCAGAAUCAAAUGAGUAUACAAAGGGCAGGAAGCCACAAGAAAAUAAGGAAACUUUUAAAGAACCCGAUGAAAUAUAUGCAAAGGUCAACAAGCCAUUCUCAUAUACCCCUGGAUACCAUUCGUUGAUUGCUUACUUACGUAAGAGGUUCCCCAAAGAAAUGUUAGUAAAGAUGGCGGAAUCCAUUGCUGCUUACCGUCCAUCAUUUAUUGCUUGUACAAAUUCAUUAAAAGAAAGCGACUUAAUUUUCAUGGAACAAUGCUUUCAAAGGACCCUACUUACAUACGAUAACUUCAUUCGUGUCAGUGGUACCCCAACUAUCGUUUGGAGACGAACAGGUGAAAUUGCAUACGUAGGAAAUGAAUUUUGCGUAUUGACAGGGUGGAAAAAAGAAGAUCUUUUGUUGAAUACUAAGAAGUUUAUAGUGGAGCUUCUUGAUGAUAAGUCUGUAGUAGAGUAUUUCCAGUUAUUCCUGAAGAUCGCAUUUGGUGAUUUCUUGGGGGCUACAAUGACAGAAUGUACUCUAUUAACACCAAAGAAAGAUGUAAAGAUAAGAACCGGAUGCAUGUGGACGUUGAAAAGAGAUGUAUUCGGUAUUCCUAUGAUGAUUAUCGGGAACUUUUUACCCAUAAUAUAG